AUGUCCACGACCUUUUGCAAAGCAUGUUCCGGUAUCUUUCAGGGGCAUUACGUCCCAUCGAAUGUCCUGUCCGAGAAAGACAUGGUUGAUGUUCAAGACACUGAUUUUGGAAUUCCUGGCUUCACGAAAGACGUGACUGAAUGGAAAGUCAGACUGGAAUACACAACAGGACAAGACAAACCAACACCAUAUCUCCAUCACAGCCUCCAUGACCUGACUAAAAAUGCGGACAAGUGUAGUCUAUGUGCUGUCAUGUCGGAGAGGAUACAGUCGGAUAAACAACCAGCGGCCAUUCCUCAGAGACUGAAAGAGAUGAAGGAAAUGGGGAAGAAUAUCAUUGGAAUCCCCAUCAUCAAGCCAAAGCCGGGGACAUUUUGUGGCAUGUUCACUCUUGGAUUUCUUACCAGGUUCGUCCUUUUGACACAAACUGUUCUAAUGCGACCAGACACUUCAAAAGCAGAUAACAGAUUUACAUGGAAACCCAAGUACGAUCGACAAGAAUCGUUGCUACGAAUAAAAAAUUGGCUUAGUUCAUCGUCAACGAUAUCCAGAUUGACUCCUCGGCUGCCAACAAGGCUGCUUCACUGCCAACCGCCAGCUAAUCCAGGAGGAGAUCCAACAGUUAAAUUAGUCAAUACGGUUGGUUUUGACGUGCCUACUCGUUACAUCGCCCUCAGCCACCGCUGGGAUGCAGUACAACCGCUCAUGUUGUUGGAGUCUCUGAGAGAUACAUUCUCUAAGAACAUCCCCUUUGAUGCGAUCCCCCCAACAUUUCAAGACGCCAUCAGAUUGGUCAACGCGCUGGACAUUGAGUACAUUUGGAUUGACUCGCUCUGUAUCAUUCAAGAUUCCAAGGAUGAUUGGCAGACCGAAGCUGCACAGAUGGCUUCUAUUUACUCCCUGUCCUAUGUCACAAUCUCCGCUACUGCUGCCCAAGAUUCUGCAGCCGGCCUCAGAGAACAACAUCCGAUGCUGAAACAUCCUUGUGAGGUCAUUCCAUCCUGGACAGGGUUUGAGAACCAGAUUCCACCUGCACCUGUCAGGAUCGUGAACAGAUCUGCUUUCUGCGACGCAGUCCUUGCCCAGCCCCUGUUCCGCAGGGGAUGGGUCUUCCAAGAAUGGAUUCUAUCGCCAAGGACCAUACACGUUGCUCGAGACCAGCUCUGGUGGACCUCAACCUCAGAUAUGACCUCUGGAGGUUUUGCUGCAAACGAGACAUGUGAAGGCUUUGACUUUGAUGUUCAUCGAGAAUACAUCCAUACAAUGGCCCCUGGAACCCUAUAUUCAAUGGAAAGCCAAAGUGAAGAGAGUCUACAGCUCGUGUGGCAUACUUUACUGCAAGAAUACAUGCCACGCUCGCUCACAUUUGAGUCCGAUCGCUUAGUAGCAUUCGCUGGUAUUGCUAGCUUUUAUCAGACUCAUGCGAAGAUUAAAGCGAACUCUUAUUUGGCGGGAAUAUGGCGCCAUGUUCUCCUUCAAGAUCUAUUAUGGACUAUAAGUGAGGGUAGAAAAGUCUCGCCGCCACAGAAUUACCGCGCCCCAUCGUGGUCCUGGGCGUCAGUUGAGCCAGCACCAGAUACGAAAAAGAAGUUCCUGAUAGGGAGCCAGGAGAUAAACAUAAAAUUAUCACAGACGGAACAGCCUUGGGUCUGUACAGCCACUGUAAUUGAGACAUCUGUUGCGAUAACGGGGUCGGAAUUUGGGUCUGUUUCUGGAGGGCACAUUGUCCUCCAAGGGCCAUUAAUCAAGGCUCGUCUUUCUAUGAACAUGAUCGACCUAUCGAAUCGUCUCACGGAAGAACAGGCUUUGGAGUUCGUACCAGGCGGGAAGUUGCGAUUUGUCCAAAAUCGUGUCACAGUACCAGGAGGUCCAACUGUGGCAACCAUGGGGGCAUAUACACAUAUGUCGGCGACCAGGGCUCUACUCGAUGAUGUUAUCCCAACUGUGCUGGCCGAAGAGGUUGUCGAUAUUUAUCUUUCAGUCUUCUACUGCCGCUUCAAUCGCGAUGGAAGUCCUAUUGGCCAAGCAUUGGUUCUUGUGAGAGGCAUCGAGAAAGGAGAGUUCCGUCGAAUUGGCCAAGUUGGCAUGACUGGAGAGACCAUAGAGCCCUGGGCUGAAAAUAGGGAUUUUAGCAAGUUUGCGCCUCUUACAGAUGAGGAAGAAUUUCUCAGUAUGGGGAAUCGACCUGGAAUCUACAACUAUCGAAUUGUCUAG